GUUCGUUCAAAUUCUCCUAUACUCCUUCGACCUCUCCGUUUUACCUAUGGCCCCCAUUCCCUUCUCCCUUUGGUUCCUACAUCCCCCGCCUUUUCCGAUUGAUCUUCCCCUGCAAUUGGCCUGAACACCCCUACUUAGCUGGCCUAAGUCGAUUCAAGCUGGUCCAAGCUGGUCUUUUCUUGGUCCAGCAUUGCCCCCCCCUCCCCAAGCCCUCGUGUCAAAUCGUCGCUUGUCUGAAGCACUGGGGCUGGGCCUUUCCUUUCUUUUUCUUCCCGUUGCCCCAUUUACUUGCACACCCGCGCUUAGCACUAGAAGGAUCCCCAAGGCACGCGUCCUGCUCCCCAAUCCGAUCCUCGAUGCUGUGCCCCAAUCAAAUGUUCCAUUCUUAACACGUUGCUCGCCCUUGACCUGCACGAUGUUCGUGGCGCUUCAUCCGCGGAGCCUCGCGGCGAUCGCAUGACUGCAGUCCUACUUGGGCUAGUCCUCUCACCACCCUCUCGACCCUGCUCUUUAAAUACACCUCCCAUGCUCUUCUAACCCUGCUCUUGUGCCACCGGGCACGUCUGGAAUUCCUGUGACUCGCCAACGGGACCGAACAAAUAGUCCUAUUGACCGUGUAGUCUACGGAUCUCACGACGCUUGGUGGUCGUUGACGCUUUCAUCCCCUCGUGUAUCCUGCGUCAGCUAUGCAAACACUGCCCUUGUGCCUACUCCUACUCCGUCUAUGCUGGAAAGAAAAAGACGAUACCGGCUUCCCAUUCUCUUCAUACACCUCACUUGUCGGCCAUGGGUCUAAAGAUGGCUGAAUUUGAACCAUUGCCAGUCUCCUCCGAGUACUUCGCGAAGCCCGGUACCGCGCCCCACUCUGACGCCCCGUUCCUCCCGUACUGGGCCCGCUGUCGCACGCAGUGCGCCCAGAACUUGCUCGACUGCUCCGACGAGCCCAUCGAAUACGAUCACGACGACGAGGACUACAGUGAUAAUUGCUUCUUCUUCCCCGAGGACUGCUCGUGGACCCCUCCUAAAGACUGGGUCGUGGAGGCGCACUGUCAACCGAAUAAACAGGUCCCGGAGAUUCACAUUCACGAAGAUACCCCGGUUGGCCUGGACGCCGACACCGACACGAUGAUUCCCGGUUUACCUGAUAUUAAGAUGCUCGAUUCGGAGGCGUUGGGCGAUCUGCUGGAGGACAACCUUUCUCCGCCGGAGAUUACGACAAUGAUCGUGUUCGCCACCAACGGCGCCGUCUUUGCCUACGCCUCCUCUCUCUCUUCUCGCCAGCUGCGUAACCUGAGCUCGACCUACGGUGCCGCAUAUACCUGUUACGCCAAGACCGCAUCGAGCGGAAACCUCACGGGGGUCAAUCCCGCCAGCCACCCCUCAUCCUACGUGACGGCCCAAUCCAUGUCGCUGGGCGACGUGGGAUCUAUCGUCUUUGAGCUAGAUGACUCGGUGGCAGUGGUGACUCGUAUUGCGGACAAAGUUUUGCUGGCCGCGGUGGGUCCCAACAAGCUUGACGACACGAUAAAUGGCGAUGGCCCCGACCAUCUCGCCGUUGAUGGCCCAGGUGACUCAACGGUCGGUAAUGGCACCGCACUAGAUGAGUCACAGGGUGAUGGAGGCGUGCCGUCUUCGAAGCCGCCUGCGCAUAACGGUAGCCUAGAGUCCCAUCAUGAAAUUGACCGGAGCGCAGACCUGUCCAGAUUGGCUAGUCUGAACCUGUCUGCUUCUCCCUCCGUGCUGCUUGCCCUGGAGUCCAAAUGUGCGGCUCUUGGGCGAUUCCUCGGUGAGAAACUGAGCGACCUGGAGAGUCCAGAGGAUUUCUGAUCUAUUUUCCUACGAUGACGUUCAUAUGAGUGACUCAUAGCAGGGCUUCGUUCCGGUUGCCAUUAGGCUGGGAUGGCCUACUCCAGGAGCGACGGAGCGGAUGUUUUUUAAAUGAUGUAUUUAAUACACGAUUUUAUGAUUAUUUGAAUCUUCUCUUGACACCUUCAUAUAUGUGGCCUCCAACUGCCACCGUGCAGUCGAGUCACCUCUCGUAUCCCUCCUUUCUUGUACUCUAUGAUUUUUUUCUGUCCUAAUUCCAUCUACCAUCUAUCACAGCGCGAAGUACCGGAGAUUAGCAGGAGAUUAACCAG